UGUUCUUGUUGAGGAUCAAAGUGCUAAAACCACUUCCAAGCCUGACAAACAUACUGCUGAGUUCAUGAAGGUAGCUGAUGAGUCCAUAUCAAAAGUAUUAGAUUGGUUUAAAAGAAGCUCUGAUACCGGUGAUGAGACUACUCCAUCGGUAGCCUCCCAAGGGAGAGAGUCCAAAGAAGAACUGUACUCAUCACCCAGGACAAGAGUUAUAACUACAAAAGAUAGUGGACCAAGCACAGAUGAAAAUACACAACUGAUUGACUUGUCAUUUGGAAAUAAUGGGAAACCAAGCAAUGUUUUGAAACCUGCAGCAGUUGAUGCAGAAGACAUACAGAUAAUAAAAGUAGAAAAAAAAGAAAAUCUAAGUGAAGAGACUCAAGGAACAGACUACAACAAAGGACCUAUUGUACUUGGAAAGAGCAAAAGUGGUAGAGAGAAGAUACAUUUACAGGUCACUGAUCUUCCAGUUACUAAAUUAGAUGAAACAAAUAUUCUUAAAAAAUCAGCUGCAGAAGGCAAAAUAUUAUACAAACCAGAGAAUGAAAGUGCAGCAUAUAAAGAACCAACAUUUCUUACAGAAGGAAAAGGCAAACCAGGUUCAAAGAGUUUCAGUUCUCCUGAAAAGCUAAAUGAAGGCUCACUAUUGAAAACUAAUGUGCAAAUUCAGAAAGGAAUUCAGAAAGAGGAAAAGAAAAUAUGCAUUAUCAAAUCUCUCUUGGAAGAAGACCAUGUCCAGUCACAGACUGAAUUUGAUAAUAAAGGAACAGAGAUAAAAGAACCUGGUUUACUUGAUCAAGGAAGUAUGCAACUAGAGCCAAGUAGUCCUAGGAUGAAACUACCCGUCUUGCCACAGCAUGAAUCCAAACAGCCAUCUCAGGUACAAAGCUCAGAUGAGGAGACAGAACAAAAGAGAACAGUAAGGGAUAUUAGGGCCUUCUGGGAAAGCAACAAAACUGGACCCAGGCAUACCAAUAAGGAAGGCAUUUUAAGUACUACCCCAUCAGCUAGUAGCACAGUACAAUACAUCAAUAAAGGAAAUAGCAAAGUAAAACCAACUGAUGAUUGUGCAGCAUCCCUAUCAAGUGAAUCAAAAGAUCAAAACAAGUAUAGUUUGGUUACCUUCAGAAGAGUUGAAUUAAGUGAUGACGAGGCAUCUAAAGAUAAAUUUCUAAAGUCUUCAAAGACUGGGCCAGAUAUAAUGGAUAAAUCCAAAGCAGACCAUACUGUUGAGAAGUCCAGAAAAAUACUUCAGUCUGAUGGUAAGGUUAAUGAAUUUACAAAAUUACCAAAAGCAAAUCAUUUGCAACCAAGAAUUGAUUUUAGUCCUCCUUCAUCAAAGAAGUAUGAAGAUGGGAAAGAAGUGUCUUCAGAAAAUGACAGAAAUCCCUCUUCUCCACAACAGAAGCCACAUUUUAAGGUUUUGUCUUUGAAGGAAAAAAUAGACGAGGAGUCUAAGAAUCAAAUUUCCAACCCAUUGCAAUUUCAGAGUUUGAGAAGCUUUUGGGAUAUUGGAGCUAAAUCACAGAGUAGGACCAAUAUGAAAAAUGAAACCACUUCCCCAGGUAAUAUUAGUUCAGUAACUUGCCAAAAAGAGUCAAAGGAACUUAAAGAAAGCAGAGCAGAGACGAGCCAAGCAGAGGUGAUUGUUCAACAGCAAAAUCAACUUCCCGAGAGAGAGAAAACAAAGAAAAUAAACUUCAAAGUACCUGAGUCGCCUAGACAGGAAGGGCAGCCCAUUCCUUGGUCAGUGAAUCUGACAAGAACAGAAAAUGCAGAAUCUCUUCAAAUAGUGGGGAAAAAUGUAGGAAAGUCAGUGAUCUCAAAACCUAAAGAAAAGGUGGAUCUUCCAGAGCAAGAAGUUAAAGAAUAUAUAGAAAAAAUGAGUGUUCCACCAAAAGCACAGCACAGCACAUUUAACAAUAGCUUACAGAAACUGCUUAAAGAAAUGUCUGAGGCACCCUUGCCAUCAUUCCAACCAGCUAGCGAUAAAGGUGUUCCAAGAAAAGAAUUGGGAAUUGAUGAACGCCUAAUUGUUUCUAUAAAAACUGCUUCCACAGACUCCAAGGAAAAAGCAAAAUUCCCUAAAGAGGAGGUUGUAGAGACUGUAGACAAAACUGUUGCUCCAUCAAAGGCUGAACUUGAUUCAUUUAAUGCAGGGCUAGAGAAACUGCUAAAGGAAACCUCCAAAAUAUCAUCAUCUUCGAGUCAGAACGUAACAGAAAAUAUUUCUGAAGAGACAGUUUCUUGGCCUGGGCAGAGAAGAUUUUUUGAAAAGGUGAUGGAACGGAGUCACAACACUUAUCCUACAUUUCAAAAAGAGGAAAGGCUUCCUCAAGAAGUAAAAGAAACUAUAGAAAGAACAGUCGUUCCACCCAAAGAUGAACUUGAUGAACUGAAAAUUGGUCUAGGGAAGCUGCUUAAGGAAUCUGACGCUUCCUGUCCAUUGCAUCAGACAGCAGAUGCGGAUGAGGGUAUCCAGAGAGAGAGUUCUCAUGAAGAAGUCAUUCCAAGCUCUUCCCAAAAGACAAUGCGUCCUGGCAUAGCGGCUUAUGUUGUGACCCAGAAUGAAACACAGCCUCCUGGAGAGGCAAUCUCAGAGAUUGUAGAAAAAACCACGGUUCCACCAAAAGCUGAAUUCCGUGCUCUGGAUGCUGGUUUAAAGAAACUACUGAAGGAAGCAUCCGCAAUCUCAUUUUCAUCGUACACUAUAAAUAACAGUAAAAAAGCAGCAUCUGAGAAUGUCCCUGAAGAAGAUCGGCGAAGAUAUUGUAAGCGGGUCACAGAGACUGACCGGGCUACUUCUGUUACUGCCCAAGAAAGGGUUGGGACUCCAAAUGAAAUUGGGACUGUAGAGAGAACUACAGUUCCAUAUCAGGAUAAUGUUAGCCCAAUCAAUCCAUGCUUGGAGAAACCAAAUGAAAAGGCAGCUAAAGUGAUGUUACCUUUAUAUGCAAAAAGUGGAGAAAAUGUAAGCUCUCGGCCAGAGGAUCAGACUGAUCAUCCUGUAUCUCCUGGUAACCAUCAUGAAGUGACUGAAAUACUAGUAAAAACAGUUCAGCCAAAACCUGAACUCCGUGAAUUUAAUGCUAGUUUGCAGAAACUGCUCAAGGAAGCUUCUGAAAUGCCACCCUCUGAACAGAAAAGCGUUGACAAUGAGAUGCAUGUUAGGAUACAGCCUAAUCAGAGCGUGAAUUCCUCUUACCAACAAGAUAUUGACCAUCCUCAAGAAGUAAAGGAAACUGUAGAAAAAGCUGUUGCUCCUUCCAAAUCGGAACUCAGUGAAAUUAAUUCUGGAUUAGAGAAACUGCUUACGGAAGCCUCUGAAAUGCCACCCUCUGAACUGAGAAGAUUGGACCGUGAGAUGUAUAGUAUGGUGAAUUUUAGGAUACAACCUAAUCAGAGUGUGAAUUCCACUUACCAACAAGAAAUCAAUCAUCCUCAAGAAGUAAAUGAAACGGUCAAAAAAGCCGUUGCUCCUUCCAAAUCAGAACGUAAUGAAUUUAAUUCUGGGUUAGAGAAACUGCUGAAGGAAGUCUCUGAAAUGCAAACUCCUAAACUGAAAAACAUGGACAAUGCAAUGCAGAAGAGUAUGAGGAUACAGCCUAAUCCGAGUGUAGACUUAACUUAUCAGCAAGAUAUUGACCAUCCUCAAGAAGUAAAGGAAACCGUAGCAAAAGCUGUUGCUCCUUCCAAAUCUGAGCUUGGAGACUUUAAUGCUAGUUUGCAGAAACUGCUUAAGGAAGCCUCUGAAACUCCACCUCUUAAGCUGAAAAGCUUGGAUAGUGUAGCACAGGGUAGGACACAGCCUAAUGAGAGUGCGUAUUCCCCUUACCAACAAGAGAUGGACCAUCCUCAAGAAAUAAAAGAAACUGUAGAAAAAACUGUUGCUCCAACAAAAGCAGAAUGCAGUGAAUUGAAUAUCUGCUUAGAAAAGCUUCUUAAAGAAGCAUCUGACGUUUCAUCUCAGCUGCCAACGAAGAUGGGAAAACAGGAAAGACCCAAUGACUCUGUGUCUCAAUCAGAAAAGGGAAGUCUAGCCAUUAAAAUGCCACUCUCUGGUCCAAGUGCUUCAAGUGGCUAUCGCACAGAGUUUAAGAUACCAAUCAAGAGAGAGACUUUGAAACAAAAUGACACAGCCGUGAAGGAAGAUCAUGUGGUAAAUGAAGUGAGAGGUUCUAUUCUCCCUGAAAGAAAUGUAGCAUUUGAGAAAACCAUACAGACUAAUCUGGCAUCAACUGAAGCUCUUCCCAAGGAAAGAGAGAAUGGUGCGGCUGUUAUCAAGACACACAAGAUGGAGAUAAAAAAUGAAAAUAAAAGAGAGGAAGCAGCAGGAAAGGAGGUUGAUAAAAGCACUUCCUUAGCAGAUGCCAGUGAGGCAACAUCUGAAGUGAAUGCACCAUUUAGUUUCAGGAGAGUAAGCACACCACUUAAAGAUGAUGAUCGCUCCUCCAAAAUAAGUAAAGUUGAGCUGGUCCUAGCAUCUCCUUAUGAUGAUGAUGAAGAUGACACCAUAAGUUUUGGCUCUGAUCUUUCAGGUUCAACCUGUUCAGAAGAAUUAGAUCCUAUUUUGAAGGCUUUGAAAAGGAGUGCAGAUAGGCAAAGGCCUUCCAAAAGUCUAGAGGACAUUCCAUCAGCCACAUCAAAUAAAGGAAAAGUAGAUAUUCCAAAAGAAGAAUUAGUACUUAGUGCUGAAGAUGAUCAGAAAACAGAUGAGCAACAAGAGACAAAUGAAAAUGUACAAGGAAUCUCCACAGUGCCGUCAGACCUGGAUAACCAGUUUUCAAAUCCUGAAAAACUCAAAAGAUUGAGCCAGUCAGUACCAGCAUUUCUACAAGAAGAGAGUGACAGAGACACUGAUACAACAUCAGAAAGCAGUUAUCCUCAUGGCAGAAUCAAGAAGAGCCCCAGCUCUCUAACCAAUCUUAGUGGCUCUUCUGGCAUGGCGUCCUUGUCUUCUGUGAGCGGAAGUGUAAUGAGCAUCUACAGUGGUGACUUUGGCAAUGUGGAUGUGAAAGGCCACAUUCAGUUUGCCAUUGAUUAUGUAGAACAGCUGAAGGAGCUCCAUAUUUUUGUUUCCCAGUGUAAAGAUUUGGCAAUUGCAGAUGUUAAGAAACAACAUUCAGACCCAUAUGUAAAGACUUACCUGCUUCCAGAGAAAUACAAGCUGGGGAAAAGGAAGACCUCUGUGAAAAAGAAAACAUUGAAUCCAGUCUAUAAUGAAAUAUUGCGGUAUAAAAUUGACAAGGCACUGGUAAAGACCCAGAGACUGAAUCUCUCUGUCUGGCACAAUGACACCUUUGGGCGCAAUAGUUUCCUAGGUGAGGUGGAACUUGAUUUGGGAACAUGGGACUGGAAUGACAAACUGAAUAAGCAGAUGAACUGGUACCUGCUUAAGCCUAGGACUCCAGCAGCAGCUCUUGAACUAGAGAACAGAGGAGAGAUUAAACUAGCCCUUCAGUAUGUCCCACAGCCUGUCGGGGGUAACAAGACCCCGUCCACUGGAGAGGUCCACAUCUGGGUGAAGGAAUGCAAUGACCUCCCUCUCCUGAGGGGCAACAAGAUCAACUCUUUUGUUAAAUGUACCAUUCUUCCAGAUACUAGUAGGAAAAGUCGCCAGAAAACAAGAGCAGUGGCGAAAACUACAAGCCCAGUGUUCAACCACACCAUGGUUUAUGAUGGCUUUAGAGCUGAUGAUUUGAAAGAAGCAUGUGUAGAACUUACAGUCUGGGACCACAACAAACUAGCCAAUCGCUUUCUGGGAGGUCUCAGGAUAGGAAUGGGAACAGGCAAAAGCUAUGGUACUGCAGUGGACUGGAUGGACUCCACUUCAGAUGAAACCACCCUAUGGGAGAGAAUGAUGAGCUCGCCAAACACAUGGGUAGAAGAUACACUGCCACUCCGGAUGAUAAUGGUAGCAAAGCUGACCAAAUAAGAUGACUUUCUAAUUGCUAGUGUCCAAAAUGUUUACUUGUUGGAUCUUGGGAGGGGAAGGAAAUAAUAAAAUGAGGAACUUGGAGGAAUUCUAUAAAAGUGUGUGUACUACAGUAGAUCUGUAGACAGCCUCUGUUCUGUUAUUUUAUUUUGUGCUGCUAAAUGUUACUACGUAAUGCAAAUUAAACUUUUCUGCUUUCAGAUUAUUUUUUUUUUUAAACUAAAGGCCUUUUACUUCUUGCUCACUGAAAAUGAACUAAAUAAAGAAUAUACUAUUGAAAUUCAGUGGUCCAAUUACAAGGGGUGUGUUUGUGUGUGGGGUCACCUGGAAUAGUGCAAAAUGUUGGUGAUUCGCUAAAUAAUGCACCCAAAAAGCAACAACUUAGUCUAUUUCCCAGGGUCUUUUGUGUGGUAUUUUAAAAUAAGCUAACAGUAGGUCGCUAUAUUCAUAUUCACUGUGAGUUUGCAGCUUAAUUUUAAUGGUAUGUUCAAGUCUCUGGCGGUUACACCCUUUGCUAGAGUUCAUGACGGGGAAUUCCAUCUCUAGUUUUAAGUUCUCAGAGCUUGAGCCAUAAAGAGGGUUUGACUGUAUAUGUAGUACAUAUACUAGUUUUGUUAUUGUAUCUCUAAAUUAUAGAUUCUGUAUGGACGCAAUGAAGUUGAAUUUACUGUAUUUAAAUGUUACUCUGAAGGAUCUCUUCACCCAUUAAGUUGCUCAUUUUAUUAUUGAUGAAUAAAUUGGAUAUUUAUUUUAA